AUGGGAUGGGCACUUAAGACAAUCACAAAGAAGACACGUUUUACGCAAAAACAAAACGAAUUUUUGAAACAACAAUUUGAAAUUGGCGAGCAGAGUGGAAGGAAAGCAGAUCCGAAUGAAGUCUCACAAAUGAUGAGAUCUUCAAGGGACGAGUUAGGAGCUCGUCGAUUUCUACCAGAAGAAGUUCUAACAGGACAGCAAAUCACUGGAUUCUUCUCACGACUGGCAGCAAAGAAAAGGCUUCCUCCCAGUACAGUGAACCGGGAAGAGUCGGACGAAGAGACCACUAGAGAAGAUGACAGAGCAUCACAAGAACAGGUAAUCCAAUCUGAAAUCUGUGCGCAAGUGAUGAGAGAGGUUUCCCUUCAGCACCCCAUUGUAUCGUCGUCAGGUUACAACAUCUGUGAGCUCAUGCGCAUGGGCAAGAAAAAGCUGAUGUCACUGAGCGUGGACAUGCUGCGCAGUAUUUGCGAUGAACUUGUGUGGACGUCUCUGAUAUAA